CCACUCUACCAGAGUCUAUCUUUUCUUUCCUACUCAUUGCAACGUCAGCAAUCACGUGCUCUUUUCGGCUGAAAGAUGGCUGGGGCUGGAAGUAAGAAGUCUUUGACUAAGGAAGAGGAACUUUUAUUGCAAGACUUUAGUAGAAAUGUGUCUACUAAGUCUUCGGCUUUGUUUUAUGGCAAUGCAUUUAUUGUGUCCGCCAUUCCAAUUUGGUUGUUUUGGAGGAUUCAUCAGAUGGAUCCUUAUCAGUCAGCCAUAUUGUUUGUUGUUGUAACCUUUGUGAGCACCUGGCUUGUGGCUUUUGCAUAUAAAAAUGUGAAGUUUGUUCUGAAACACAAAGUUGCUUUGAAGAGGGAGGAAGCUGUAACUCGAGAGAUAAUGAGGAAACUGGCCGAUGAUAAAAAGAUGUCAAAAAAAGAAAAAGAUGAAAGAAUACUGUGGAAGAAAAAUGAAGUUGCUGAUUACGAAGCUACAACAUUCUCAAUAUUUUACAACAACGUGCUGUUCCUGACACUGGUGACCAUGGUUUCAUUUUAUGUGCUGCGCUCUUUUCAGCCAGGAAUCAACUAUGUUAUGUCUGUAGGUGUAGCUGGUGGAAUAUUAGCUCUGUUUUCUACUGGUUCUCAGUAGUGUUUUUCACAGUUGUUGUCAUUUAGUAGUCAGUGACAAUUGUAAUUCAAAUAAUCCUAGUGCAUUAUGGUAUGUAAUUACCAGGAAAUAAAAUAAUGUUUCUAAUAAACA